CACCCGGCUCUCCUUUGCCUCCAUGUCCCUUCCUGCCCAUGGAUUUGGGGACCGAGUGGAUCGAGCGCGGGGACAGCCGGCAGAGGAGCGAGAAAAGAGAAGCACUCAUUGUAUACAAAGCUAGAUAUGCUGGAAAUACAGAACCACAGUUUAUCAUCCCUUCCUGUAUUGCUAUUAAGGAGUCUGCAAAAGUGGGUGAUCAAGCUCAAAGGAGGGUGAUGAGAGGUGUUGAUGACCUAGACUUCUUCAUUGGUGAUGAAGCAAUAGAAAAACCUACGUAUGCAACAAAGUGGCCAAUUCGCCAUGGUAUAGUUGAAGAUUGGGACUUGAUGGAAAGGUUUAUGGAGCAAGUGAUUUUUAAAUAUUUAAGGGCAGAACCAGAAGACCAUUAUUUUCUUUUGACUGAACCUCCACUGAAUACUCCAGAAAACAGGGAAUAUACUGCUGAAAUAAUGUUUGAAUCCUUCAAUGUUCCAGGUUUGUACAUUGCUGUGCAGGCUGUUCUUGCCUUAGCUGCCUCUUGGACCUCAAGACAAGUAGGAGAAUGGACAUUGACUGGUACAGUAAUAGACAGUGGAGAUGGUGUCACCCAUGUCAUUCCAGUGGCUGAAGGGUAUGUGAUUGGCAGCUGUAUUAAGCACAUUCCAAUCGCAGGACGAGAUAUAACAUAUUUUAUUCAGCAGUUGUUGAGAGACCGAGAAGUAGGAAUCCCUCCAGAGCAAUCCUUGGAAACUGCUAAGGCAGUAAAGGAGCGCUAUAGUUAUGUCUGCCCAGAUUUAGUAAAAGAAUUUAACAAGUAUGACACAGAUGGAUCAAAGUGGAUUAAGCAAUAUACUGGAAUCAAUGCUAUCUCAAAGAAAGAAUUUUCUAUUGAUGUUGGUUAUGAGAGAUUCUUGGGACCUGAAAUCUUUUUUCAUCCAGAGUUUGCUAAUCCAGACUUUACUCAACCUAUCUCAGAAGUUGUAGAUGAAGUAAUUCAGAAUUGCCCUAUCGAUGUCAGACGUCCACUCUACAAGAAUAUUGUCCUCUCUGGAGGUUCAACCAUGUUCAGGGACUUUGGACGUCGCUUGCAAAGAGAUUUGAAAAGAACUGUAGAUGCCAGGCUGAAAUUAAGUGAGGAAUUGAGUGGUGGCAGAUUGAAGCCAAAACCUAUUGAUGUACAAGUCAUUACACACCACAUGCAGCGAUAUGCAGUUUGGUUUGGAGGAUCCAUGCUGGCUUCCACGCCCGAGUUCUACCAAGUAUGCCACACCAAAAAGGAUUAUGAAGAAAUUGGACCUAGCAUUUGUCGUCACAAUCCAGUGUUUGGAGUCAUGUCGUAAAAUUGAUUUCAUAAUUAUUGGGGUUAGGGAGGUGGGGAAGAAAUAAUCUUUCUGAUUACCUGUUUUGUCUGGAUGGCUGGUUUUGAGGUUUUAAACCUGACUUGAAGUAAGAAGACCAAACAUAAUUAUACAGGAAUAUUUUAAUAAGUGUAUCAACAUGCGAAUGUAGAGGAGAGCCAAAAUGAUUAAUGUUUUUCUUUAGACUGAAUAUUUGAAUCUUAUGUGUAACAAAAAGAAGUGGGUUUUAGUUCUUUCUGUGCCCUGAUAUUUUGUAUAUUAUUGAAUUAUCCAAGAUUUGAUGGGAUUUAUCGGUAUGUAGAUAGCUCUAUAAUGCUUGAGUUGUACACUUCUAAGUGUGCAAUGCAAGAGCUUGUUUAUAUUUCAUACUUUUUAUACUUUGAGGAAAAAAGUCAAAGAAAAACUAGUAUUUGAGGAGAAUCAAGUGACCAAGUAAAGGAUAAAUU